UUGGGUUUUUGCUUUGUCCAUGGAUACCCACAAUUUUUGCCCCAUCCAUCUCUGUCAAAAUUUUAUUUUACCCUAAAAACACAAACCCCUUUCCUACAUAAACCUCAUCCCUUUCAUAACUCUCCUACUUCACUCUCCUUCAAUCCUCAACAACUUUCAUUUGGGUCAUUGUUUUUUUCAUCAAAUAAAAAAACCCAUUAAUAAAGUUUUGUUUUUUAAUCAUACCCUUUUGAUGAAGUUCCUCUAUUAAGCAAUUUAGCACACCCCAUUUAAGUUAUUUCAAUGGCUGAAAGCUUUGACAGUGCUACCUCUAACCUUCUAUGUUCUGAGAAUAAUAGCACAUGUUUUGAUGAGGAUUUGGAAUGUAAUGGUGUUGAUGAUGGUUCUGGAAUCUCACCUUCUUCUUGGGACCACCACACAAACCUUAACUUGGACAACCUUGGAUCGGAUUCUUUUAUGUGUUUUGUUGCACAUAGUGAUGAAAUUGUGAGGGUUAUGGUUGAGAAAGAGAGAGAACAUUUGCCUAGAGAGGAUUAUUUGAUGAGACUUCGAAGUGGUGAUUUGGAUUUGAGUGUUAGGAGGGAGGCUCUUGAUUGGAUUUGGAAGGCUCAUGCUUAUUAUGGAUUUGGACCCUUGAGCCUUUGCCUAUCCGUGAACUACUUGGAUCGAUUUCUAUCGGUUUUUCAAUUACCGAGAGGCGUGAGUUGGACUGUGCAAUUGUUAGCUGUAGCUUGCUUCUCACUUGCAGCUAAAAUGGAAGAGGUUAAAGUUCCUCAAUCUAUAGAUUUACAGGUUGGAGAACCGAAGUUUGUAUUCCAAGCCAAAACCAUUCAGAGAAUGGAACUAAUGAUACUAAGCUCAUUGGGGUGGAAAAUGCAGGCUUUGACUCCUUGUUCUUUCAUAGACUACUUCCUUGCUAAGAUCACUUGCGAGGACCAUCCCGAUAAGUUGUCGAUCGCGAGAUCGGUGCAGCUCAUCCUUAACAUAAUAAAGGGUAUUGACUUCUUGGAAUUCAGGCCUUCCGAAAUUGCUGCCGCGGUUGCGAUUUCUGUCUUAAAGGAAAUGCCAGCACAAGAGAUUGAUAAGGCAAUAACUGAUUUCUACAUUGUAGAGAAGGAGAGAGUUCUAAAAUGUGUUGAAAUGAUAAAAGAUCUUUAUGAGUGAUGAUGACAAUGAGGUUUUCAUUUUGUGCAGGAGAGAGUUCUAAAAUGUGUUGAAUUGAUAAAAGAUCUUUUCUUGAUCAAGUUUGGUGCUAAUUUGAGCAAAAAUUCAUCACCAUUUGUGCCUCAAAGUCCUAUUGGUGUGCUUGAUGCUGGUUGCAUGAGUUUUAAGAGUGAUGAAUUAACAGUUGGGUCAUGUCCAAAUUCUUUACAUUAUAGUCCAAGACCUUCCAAUCAUGAAAUGUGAAUUUUUCUUACUUUACCAAAAAAGUUCAUUUAGUUUGGUUGAAAUGAGAGAUUGGUGUGGUCUUGGAAACAUGUUCUCAAAUGAAAGAGUUGUGUUUGGAUGAAUAAGAUGAUGAUGAUAGGGAAUUUAAGAUGUUGGUAGUUGUUUAUAGUCAGAUUAUUAUUACAGAAACAACUGCAAAAUACUGUGGAGAUGCGGUUGGUAGAGAUAAAUUUUUGAUGAAACAAUGUUGUUGAGGCAUAGGUUAUGUCAAGUGAAAUGUAAGAAUGUAAUAUUUGAGAUGUUAGAAUUGUUGUCACUUGUGAAUGUCCUAACUUCUCAUUUCAUAAGAGAAUCAAUAUAUAAAACAAUUUGUUUAUGGGUUGUUUUUAAA